GUUCCCUGUGUCAUUGUGUUCAUUUGUGUUUUGGUUUAUGUCUCUGUGUAACUUGUGUUUAACUUGUACUCAUGUAUGCCAUUAUCCCUGUGUUGAUUAGUGUCUCCGCCCCCAUUGUUUGUUACCAUGGACAUUCAUUGUUAUCAUGCUCCUCCCCUUGUUUGUUGUCAUAGUCUCUGAUUGUAUCUGGUUUGUGAUUGGUCUUUGUCUAGCAUUUAUACCCUGCCUGUUCAUUCUGUGUUUGUGGUUUGUUAGUUGAUGUUGCCAGUGUUAAGUGUGCUCAAGUUUAUGUUUAGCUUUGUUUACCUUUAUACUUUUAUGAAUAAACUGCAUUUGGAUCCGUAUCUCGCUUCAUCCUGUCUCACCCAGUGUUCAACCGUGACAGAACAAACCACCAACCUGGAUCCAGCAGCAAUUCACCAUUCCCCGUGUUUUUUCAAGUCCCUUGGAGUUUUCCUAGCAUUAGCAUGCAGCGUGUUGGCAGUAUUCAAGUUCAGGCUUGUCCUCCCUCCAUGGAGCAGGAGAUAUGGGACAAAGCAGUGGAGUUAGACGCCCUUCGUCAGCAGGGGCAACCUGUGAGUAGUCUCGCCCAUGUAUUUUUAACUUUGGCGUCUGGAUUGGGCUACACUGAAGCGGAGCUGAACUACGCAUUUAACAACUGUUUGGAUGACCCUCUGCCGCUUUGGCAAAUGGCUGGACUCGAACAGCUGGAGUUUUUUGAGUUCGUCCAUUACGUGGAGAAGCGCAGCGGGAAAUAUGCUCGUUGCUCACCAGAGACACUUGAGUUCAGGUCCGCCGCUCUCAUGCAUAAAACUAUUGAGACUUCCGUGCCAGUGAACGCUACCCCCUCGCGUUGCCCACGACACCGGCGACGAAGAAAGAAAUCCAUGCCCGAGCAAGCCACUGUUAGUGCGGACGCUAAUUCCCCGAGUUCUGUUUCCCCUGUGUCAGUGCCCGCUCACAAGAUGGCCGCCACUUCAUCCCACUACAUACCUCAGUUUGCUGUUGUUAAUCCUGCCCCAGUGUUCGAGUUUGCCACAACCAUACCAGCUCCGAUUCGUCAAGAAGCCACCAUCAGCACUGUUCCCGUUGUUAAAGGUGCAGUAGUAACACCUACACCCAUGGUCAAGAUGGCUCCCAUACCCGAACAAACUCACAAAAUGACUGCCAUACCUACUCCACUUCACCAACCUGCAUUGGUAAACUCCCCAGCACUGCCAAAGUUCCGACAUCUAAUCACCAGUCUGAUGGAUGUACCAUUAGUAUCUGUACGGGUGGCUGGGGUACCCCGUCCUGUGAUUUCCAGCUUUGUGGUGUCUGAGGUUCCUUCAACUGUGUCAUCUGAGUCUACAAAGCCUAGUGAGUCCCCUGUGCCCUCUGUUCCGAGUGAGUCCCCUGUGCCCUCUGUUCCGAGUGAGUCCCCUGUGCCCUCUGUGCCGAGUGAGUUCCCUGUGCCCUCUGUUCCGAGUGAGUCCCCUGUGCCCUCUGUGCCGAGUGAGUUCCCUGUGCCCCCUGAGCCGAGUGAGUCUUCUGAGCCGAGUGAAUCUCCCGAGUCCUCUGAGCCGAGUGAAUCUCCCGAGUCCUCUGAGCCGAGUGAAUCUCCCGAGUCCUCUGAGCCGAGUGAAUCUCCCGAGUCCUCCGAGCCGAGUGAAUCUCCCGAGUCCUCCGAGCCGAGUGAAUCUCCCGAGUCCUCCGAGCCGAGUGAAUCUCCCGAGUCCUCCGAGCCGAGUGAAUCUCCCGAGUUCCCCGAGUCCCCUGAGCCGAGUGAAUCUCCCGAGUUCCCCGAGUCCCCUGAAUCUCCCGAGUCCUCCGAGCCGAGUGAAUCUCCCGAGUUCCCCGAGUCCCCUGAGCCGAGUGAAUCUCCCGAGUUCCCCGAGUCCCCUGAAUCUUCCGAGUUCCCCGAGUCCCCUGAAUCUUCUGAGUUCCCCGAGUCCCCUGAAUCUUCUGAGUUCCCCGAGUCCCCUGAUUCCCCUGAGCCGAGUGAGUCUUCUGAUUCCCCUGAGCCGAGUGAGUCUUCUGAUUCCCCUGAGCCGAGUGAGUCUUCUGAUUCCCCUGAGCCGAGUGAGUCUUCUGAUUCCCCUGAGCCGAGUGAGUCUUCUGAUUCCCCUGAGCCGAGUGAGUCUUGUGAUUCCCCUGAGCCGAGUGAGUCUUCUGAUUCCCCUGAGCCGAGUGAGUCUUCUGAUUCCCCUGAGCCGAGUGAGUCUUCUGAUUCCCCUGAGCCGAGUGAGUCUUCUGAUUCCCCUGAGCCGAGUGAGUCUUCUGUGUCUUCUGAGCCGAGUGAGUCUUCUGUGUCUUCUAAGUCAUCUGUGCCGAGUGAGUCAUCUGUGCCGAGUGAGUCAUCUGUGCCGAAUGAGUCCCUUGUGCCACAUUGGUUAGCUAGUGUGGCCACCGCGAUGCCCCGGAGACUCUUUAUCGUCACCAAGACUAUGGCCAGUGCUGAACUCUCUGCAGGUCCCAAGAGGGCUGUCCCCAAGCUCCUGGCCCACCCUGGCCCUUGGACUUUUGUGGCCUUGGCCCACCAUCCCUCCCCCGAGUCCACCUCCAUGCCACCGCCCACCUAG